AUACCUUGAGACUGUUUGAGCCUCUGUCACACUAUUUCUGCACUUUUUUUUUUACACUUUUAGUCUUUGCAAAACUUUUUUUUUCUUCAAAGACAGUUUUAAGAUGAUUUCCUCUUCGCCGUUUCUUCUGCUUCUCCUCUCAGGGUGGGGUUUGCUCGGUUUUGUCUCGGGUUCCCCCGCUGUGGAGGAAGCUUACAAGGCUGUGGUGAGCAUCGUGUCUCCAGGACACCAGUAUCUGACCGGGGAAUCCCUUCACUCCCUCUUUAAUACACUGGAGCACCGUGUGCACUGCGGCGAAGUGCCGUGUGAAAAGUGUGAUCUUGCAGAUGCCGUUCAUCAGCUCAUAAGCAAUCCCGACAUCCAAAAUGAGGAAGAAACUAGAGGAAGCCGUGUAAAUGUGGCUGUCACUGUAUCUCAGUUCACAGCUCUUGCCUCCAGCUCCGUCCUUUACCUUUCUUCUCCUGACCUGGUCUGCACAGCGAUAAAAACAGGAACAUGGGGAAAAGAGACUGAAAAUUUCCUGCACAAAUUCACACAUAAUGAUCCCCAUGAACACAACAGUGAGGCAAACCAUGACCAUGAACACAUAGACGUCCAUGGAUUAGAAGGUGUCAUUCAAGAGCUUCACAGCCACUACGAGCCCACAGAAAGUGAGAACUGUACAAGCGCUAGUGGCAUCAUGGCACAGGUCAACGCAUCAUCAGGAGACCAGAAACAGGAAGUGGGUGCGGUUUUGGGAUAUGUGCUGUAUCACGCCCUGCAAGGUCACUGCUUCACUGAUCAGUCCCUGCCUGAUGAGAGCUUCUUCGUGAACUACAUCAUGGAGCAGCUCAGCUCAGAAAAUUUCACUAUCCUGGACCUAAAGGCUCUCAUGAAAAGCCUGAAUAUCGGACCUAGCUCGGAGGAAGACCAUGGACAUGAGCACACAGCAGAUGAACACGCCGACCAUGAUGACAAUGUCCAGAGAUGGAGGAAGAGAAGCAGUGACAGUGUUGAGGGACGUGAAAGUAAUAACACUUGGGAACAGCGUUGUUUCUCAGCUGAAGAACUGGUCCAGAUCUACGGCCUGGCAGAGAUUAGCUCUGCGUCCUCUGGUCUGGGUCGGCCUGGCGUGGUUCAGCUCAGCCCUGCGCUUGUCCAGCAGAUCCUGAGCGGAGCCUGUGCAGAUAUUACAGAUCCAGAAAAACCUGAUGGGCUCUCCAAGGCUGAGAGAUACCUCUAUGCAACCAUCGCCAAUUUGCUGAUAACAGUGAUAUCCAUGUUUGGCAUUGUGGUGUUGCUGUGUGCCGCCUGUACCAGUGUUUUCCAGAUGUGCAUCCAGUUUUGCAUCAGCCUGGCAGUCGGUUCACUGACUGGAGAUGCCCUAUUGCACCUGAUGCCAACAUUUCUGGGUUUGCACGUGCACUCAGACAACGGUGGCAGCAGCGAAGAUUCAAGUCACAGUCAUGGGGAAGAAACUCCGGACUACAUAUACAAGAUGCUGGUACUGAUUGCAGGGAUCUACUGCUUUUACCUGAUGGAAGUUUCCUUCUCUCUGAUCACAUAUGGUGAUAAGCAUCACGACCAUAAACAUCACCAUGGGGAGGAAUCUGAGCCUCACCACUGUGACCAUGGGAGAGUUUUAGAGAUGUAUCAACAGGAACAGAAACAAAAAGACACAAAGUCACACUCCAUAUCCAAAGAAGACCUGGUUAGCUGUGAGGACAAUGAGAAACCGCUUCCAGAGCCAAAAGAGCGCACCAGAGAGCAGCGUCUGCUGCCUUAUAUGAUUACGAUCGGUGACACAAUCCACAACUUUGCAGACGGAUUAGCGCUAGGUGCAGCUUUCGCCCUGUCCUGGAAGUCUGGUCUGGCCACGUCACUGGCUGUACUCUGCCAUGAGUUACCACAUGAGCUCGGUGACUUUGCCAUUUUGCUCAACUGUGGCCUGUCUGUGCGCAAGGCCUUAGCUCUAAACAUCGCCAGCACCUUGACCUCGUUCAUCGGCAUGUACGUCGCUCUGUCUGUAGCCACUGACCUCGCUACCAAGCAGUGGAUAGGUGCCAUUACUGCAGGGCUCUUUCUAUACGUGGGACUCGCUGAUAUGCUGCCCACCAUGAUCCAUACCAGCAACAAGAAACCCUGGCUGACAUUUCUGCUGCAGAAUGUCGGCCUUUUGGCAGGGUGGGGUAUUUUGUUGUUGUUGUCUCUUUAUGAAGAGAAGAUAAGUUUUUAAUGCACAGUCUGGCAAGUGAACGGUCUCUCUGAGAGCUUAUGAGAGUUUAUGAAUGUUGCUGACAGGUUGCUGUAAGACCUAGUUUCUACUUGAUUUCUUAAGGACUUCCUAAUGAAGACACUGUGUACCAGACACACAAAACCCACUUGUGCAGUCUGCCAAGGUGAAGAGUGUCUCUGCAAACCUUUUUUUUCAGCAUAUUUCUUUUCUGUGCGAGGUAUUAGAAAAGAGAGCAGGUUUCAAUAUUGAAGAUCACAAGAAAUGUAGUACCACAGAUAACCCAGAGACCACAAUAACCCAUUAAAUUAUUUGAGCGUGUUUAUUUAAAAGUUCCUUUUAUUUGUUGCACUGAUAACGUUUCACUGACAGCAAAUACCAGAAUGUGCUGCUCUGCUGUAUUAGAUAGAUUUGUCCAAAAAUACCACUUACACACUUGAAAUGUAAACCAAAGGGAAAUGUAACAUUCAAGCAAACAUGUCUUUUUCUAAUUCUAGAUAAAAAAUAAUAAUAUAAUUAUCUGGAUUUUUUUUUUUUCAUAAAAAUAAG